CCAUGUAAAUUUUAAUUUGUACACACAUGAUAUCUUAUCCAAGAUAUGAUCUUUUUAUCCGUAGUAAUGUAUGAAAAAAAUAGAAUAGUAUAUGAUGGAUGGUGCUUAACUACUUAUAUAAUUAAAUGUAUUUUUGUGUGAAGCAUGACAUCAAUGUCCUCUGGUUUUUCAGCAAAUUAAUAAUAAAAUAAAUUUACGUAAUGUAUAAAACUGUCCCAGAAUACAUGAAGAUUUCUAAAACUGGUUUCCAUUUGCAAGUAUCUCCCAAAAUGAGAUAGGGACAUUUUUGUUUUGAUGAGUGCGGAACUACUUUAAAAAACCAAAUACGUUAACUAAACAGAUAGAUCACAAGCGUCUGUAGUCCAACGGUUAGGAUAAUUGCCUUCCAAGCAAUAGACCCGGGUUCGACUCCCGGCAGACGCAUGGAUUUUGUCUUUUAUUUCCAUCUGGGCAUUCAAAAAAUUUACUAUGUUGUUGGUUCAAAUAAUUCAAAGUUUUUUUUUUCAAAUAUCCCAUGCCUAUGUUGUUGGUUCAAAUAAUUCAUCAUCACACUUAUAGACAAGAACACGAGGAAGAAUGAUUAGACGUACUUGAGCCAAUCGGGUGCACUACUCUUACACCCGGUCGCAAAUAUUAUUGACUCAAAUUCUAUUUCCUUCCCGUCCAAACUUUGCUCACUUCUUCGUUAUAUUUUCCCACCGCAUGUGUCACCUAGUGUUCAUUAACCACAAGAAGAGUCAUUUACUAUGUUAGAAAAUUUUAAACAGAAACUCAUAACAAUAUUCAGCUAUAUUCAUAAUCACAAAAUACAAACACACGCAUGUAAUAAGUUCAAUAUUACUAGGCAGUGCUGGCUAUAAGGCUGUGAUGCGAGUGCGCAUUGGAUCCUACAUUUUUUUAUAUAAAUUUCUUUACUAUUUUAGGAUCUGUAAUUUUGAAAUUCUUAUAAACAAGUAUACAACUUUUAAAUUCACUCAUGAAAGGCCCAUUUUGUUCUAACCCAGGUCUGUUACCAGGAUGCUACGUUUACUUCACUUCACUUCAUAUCUCUAGACUCUAAUCUGUUUAGCUAUAGAAGACUAAUUUUUUUAUGUAACAAAAAACUAGAAUUAUGAACUUACUCUAAUUGACCGGAUUGUAUCAAAGAUAUGGCGCCUACAUCAAGAACCGGAGUUUUUCAGGUGGCGUUCUUAAGCUGAAUUGGUCCGGUUUUAGGUCCUCGGAGGCCUAGCCGGUCGGUAUUGUCCAGCGUAGAAUUAGCAAGAAGCACAAGCAAACUGUCCACCAGUUUUAGUAGUGUCAUUUGUUAUUCCAAAACUCGAUAGACCAAAACAGUGUCUUGGUAAUACAUGCACGUGCGUCAUUAUAAUAGUUAAUUAAACCAGAUCAGCUCAGCAUAGUCUUCUUUUUGUUUUUUGGGUCGAAAUAUUAAAUUCUCAGCAUAAUCAUGAUAGUGAACUUUGAUAAUGAGCAACCUCUAAACACAGUUAAUUAAUUACAGAGUUUCUAACGACCAUAUGAGGCAGAUCAUUGUAUGUACAAAGAUUCAAGCACAUCUUAAUACCGGAAUAUCUACAGCCAACCACCAAAACCUUCAGGUUUGCAAACUCCAAACCGGAAAUGUAUGCACUGCCAUUGGUGUGAACAACCGGUCCAGUAAAAUUCUCCAAAGCGGAUAUUUCUGAUACCCCCGGUUCAGCGUUCUCCCGUGGGUUCAAUUAAUAAUAUAAACUAUGCUUUCUGCUAAUUUCAGUUUGUUAGGGACUUAUAUGAUAGUUGUUCAAAAAAUAAAAUAAAAAGGGGACUUAUAUGAUUAUAUUCCCCUAUUUAAUAAUAAUAUUCCCGAAAAAUGUCUAAAAAUUAUCAAAAUUUUCUGAACGCAUUGCAAGAAAUGGCUACAAAAGAAAAAUAAUCAUUUUCGACAAAAAUAAAAUAUAACAAAAUCCUAGUGAAAAAUAGAAAAGGGGAAGAAGUUGACGGGUGAACAACGGUAGCCAAUAGGAGAUUACAACAGUACCCCUUAAGAGAUUAUAAAACAGAGUUUGAACACCUCACUUUCUUUUCUUGUUCGCUCUCUUCCUCUCGCAACUCGAAGCACUUUCGUUUCUUCUUCGCUCUCUUCCUCUCGAACUCGAAGUCUUACAGAAGCUGGGUUUCUGACAUCGCUAACAACAAAACCGGUAUGGAUAACCAAGCGAAAUGCUGCCUGGGCGCAAUGAUCCAGAAAACAGAAGAACAGGUGUUUGAGGGUAGCUACGUGAUUCAUGGGAAGGAUGAGAACGAGAGUCUAAUCAAAUUUAUGUUCUUGGAACUUGAUCUUCAAAAUUGUAAAGAUGUUUACGAAGCUUUGGACAAUUUCGUCGGAGGAGUCGACAAAAACACAGUGAAUCUGAAGGAAAACGAAAUGGACGAGGCAUCACUUAUGAUGAUCAAGGUUUGUGUUGAUAGCGAUCAUGAUAAAAGUUGCACAUUCAAAACCCAUAAAGAAGCUACCUUUGAAAGCUUUAAGGAUGAUGUGGCUGAAUACUUUGGCGUUGAGGAGCAUCGCCUCCGGUUCUACACUUCCGAAGCUGCCUCAAGUCUCGUUCUCUCAAGAAGCUAUUCUGCUACAGUAGAGCAAGUGGUCAAGUCUGAUACAGUGUUGGUCAAGUUUGAUACAAAGCCAGGAGUAACCGGUAUCUGUGACCUGUGCCCAAGGGUCAAUUUAGAUGAUGUCCUGGAUAUGGAAGACUAUGGGCGAGAACCGAGAGUCAUCAAACCAAAAGCAACAAAAAGGCCAUCCAAGAGGUACAACAAGUAGACAAACAAGCCUUCUUUGUCAGAUCCUGGUUGCUUCAUCACCAUCUUAACUCAGCCUAUUUGCACUAUCUUCUUCCUCUCUAUGUUGCCAUUUUGAGAUUUGUUAAUGGGGUCAUCACUUGCAUUGUAAAUGACUAAUAGCAUUGUAAAUCAGAAAAGAAUAACACAAUAAUUCAGGCAGGAAACAUGUGUCAUAUUAUUAUUGUUUUUGACUAUAUUUGUUUUA